CACCGAUCAGUGGAAAGAGUCGAAGAGGUCAGCUCUGUCAUAGGGGACAUGUACACUGAUCAUCAGGGCACUGAUGAUCAGUGUAGCCCCAGCAGAGCAGACGUCCAGUGCCCAUCAAUGCCACCUGCCAGUGCCCAUCAAUGAUACCUGCCAGUGCCCAUCAGUGCCACAUCAAUGUCAAAUAUCAGUGCCUACCAGUGCACAUCAAUGCCACAUAUUAGUGCCCAUCUGAACUGCCUUUCAGUUCCACCUAUCAGUGCCAGUCAGUGCCACCUAUUAAUGCCAGUCAGUGCCGUCUAUCAG